UCGUGGUGGAGGGGUUUGAGUGUCCCAGUGAUCCUAGGGCUCAUUUGGGUCGGAUCUGCCGGGGCAAACGGGUCCUAGGUGAGGGAUCGGACCAAGAGCAGCCCCAAGAUCGCUUAGAAAUAUAAACACAGAAUGUUCCUAUUUAGAGAUGGCGAUAUAGACAGGGUUUCCGCUUACAAAAAGAGCUAUAGACAGAAGUCAGUUUCUCCCAGUGUUUUAUCAGCCUUGCGGGCCACCAGGCUUUAUUUCCCCCCACCAUGCUUUGGGUUAUUUUAAAUGGGGAUUUUUCUCCAUAACUGACAGUAAAGACAGUUUAAGCUAAAGGUUUAUAGUUGAGACGUUGAACUGACUGAGGAGUUGUGUACCAAUUGUGCUAUCCCAUCAGUUGUCCGUUGGAUUCACACACUGUUAUUUCUGAGUUUUGAUGCCUGAUCAUGGACCUUAGGCUUUCUGUAACUUAAAAUUUUUUAACCCAAACAUGCAGCAGACCACUGAUGGAUAACCCCUCAGCUCUUCCACUGGGCUCAGCAGGUUUUCUAGAAGAAACCCUGAAAGUUUUCCCAGGUGACGCUUCCUUAUCUCCAUUUUGACUUGAAACAUUCUUAGCAAUCUGCCUUAAGGAAUGCUGCAGGUAUUUUGCUGUUUAUUUUAGUAAUAUUUAAAAGUGAGUUUUUGAAAAGGGAUUUCAUUCUCGAGUCGUUAAACCUGCGCCUGUCCUGUUGUUGCCUUCCCGUCCUCAAUCUCCAUUUAUGUACAUGAUUUGUUUCUCGGUUUCUACCAAAAACUGGAUGAAAAGUAUUCAGUCUGGUGCUUUGUAAACAAAAUUGGUUUAGUUGAGACCAGACACUUCAUAAUUCCUUUUAUUUUGUAGUUUCUGUUUAUUUUUUAGGGUAUUUUUAAAUGUCUUCCAGUUCCAGUGUUAAAUGUUCAAUAUGAAGAGGACUUCUUCCCUUUGGUUGUCCACUCAGCUGCUUCUUUCUUCUCAGUUGGGUUUUUAAAGUUUAUUGGUCUUUGAGAAUGUGUUCUUGCAUUAUGCUAUAGCCAUUGUAUUAAUAGAAAAUGGUCUCAUUACCGUUUUACCGUUUAUGGCAAUAACUUCUCAGGCAAUUUAUCAUCCAGCAUAACGUAUUGUGACAGUCAUUGACAAAUUUUGCUGGACAAUAAAUUGUCCCAGAAGUCAUUGCCAUAAAUGACAAUGUUGUUUUAAAACCAGUUUCAGCUUGAUGAAAUCAGACUCCGGUACCGUCAGUAGUGAGCCGAACGGGUCAGCUGUGUGUCGCUACGACUCGCUCAUCUGAGGCGCCAUUGCUGGGGGAGAUUUGAGAUCAAACAACCUCACCUAUUGAGUUUGAGUCACUACGUCACACUGAGCCGAUGGACACCGGAAGAGAGGAGACACAGUGAGCUUCUCUGCGGGGCAGAUUCGAGAGAAGAAAAUGAGGAUUUAAUUCUACCGUCCUGCUUCUCUUCAUUCUUCCAUUCUGGUUCCCUUCAUUCAUGCAUCCAACCUGGUUCUCUCCCUCCCUCCAUCCAUCAUGGCUCCAUCCAUCCAUCCAUCAUGGUUCUCUACAUCCUGGAACCCCCUCUCCCUCUGUCCUGGUUCCCUUCAUCCAUCCAUCCAACCUGGUUUCCUGGGAAUUACGUGACCAUUUUGAUUUCUUUACAGGGAUGUUCUCACAAUCUGUUAAAAGAAAAAUUAAUAAAACCAGAAAAUCCUUGAUGUUUGUCUUUGAAAGUGGAGAUUCGACAUGAAGUUUCCUUUGAGAUGACAGAAAAAGAGACGAUAUUAAACAUCGGGGACAAUGUUAUCUCCAAUGUUUAAAAUUGUAAAGGAUGUUUAACGUCCCCAAUUUUGUAUUUUAUCUCCAGUGCUUAACAUUGUCCUUGAUGUUUAAGUUUAUAGCUGAUGUUUACUGUAUCUGAAAUGUUUUACUUUAUCUCCAAUGUUUAACGCAAAAGCAAACUUUUCCAGAGAUGAAGUUUGACAUCUGAUAAUGUUAAACAUCAAGGGUAACAUUAAGCAUUAUCCUAGAUUAAGUAAAAAAUCAGGGACGUUAAAUAUCUUGCAUGUUAAAUGGUAAACAUCAGAUGGCAUUAAACAGCUACUGAAUACUGAAUGUUAAACAUCAGACAUGACGAUAACCAUUGGUGGCUAAAGCUUAACAUUGACAAUAUUAAAAUAUUGGGGGCAACUUUAUUUUCACACGAUUUAUUAAUUUGAUUUCAAUUCUACGAAUCUUAGAUCCUUAAAGUGUUUUAAAUUAAAAGUCUGAAGUUCAAUAACAAAGUUGUACCUUUUUCAUUUACAACUCUGAAAUUAGUAAUUCAAUUAUAGUAACACAUGUAUUGUAGAAGUCCAUAAUACUUGGUUAAUUAGGAAAAAUUGACCGUUCAUCCCAGAGUGCAAUGGUUAAACACACAGAAUUUCUAGGUGUACAUUGGCAAGGAGUUGAUAAUUAUUCUGCUGCUGUAUGAUUAUUUAAAUUGUCUAUUACUAUUAUGUAUCUGUAGAUUUUCUUGUCUUAUGAGUUAUUUUUUAGCCAUUUUGUUCAUGUAAUAUAAUUUGUUGACUCUUUAGCAGAGCAUAUUGAACAGGAACAGGAAUAUUAUAACAUGGUUUUAAUUUAAAAAAAAUUGAUUAUUAGGGCAUUGUAAGUCAUUAAAUUGUAUAGGAUUAAAUAAGUGUUCCAUAUUAAUACGCAAAAAAAGAGUUUGCGGUGAUCCGUAUUUGUAGAUGUCUGUGUUUAAUUUAAUUUCAAUAUGAACUUUCCCCUGACUAUUUCAUUCUUACAGACGCAUGUAUUUAAAAUAUCUUUAAAAAGGUAGGAUAUUCUAAAAAGAGUAGUGCAUACAACAGCUAUAGCUUUUAAUUUUAAACGGAUAGGGUAUUCUGUCGAAGUGAUAUUUUUGUGUUUUUGUCGUGUAUAUAAAUUGUUCCAAUGCAUAACUCCAAAGCUUCGGUCUCGCCACUCAAAGAAUUUUAACCAAUGAUAAUAUCUAACAUUAACACAACCCGCUAUAGUUUUUGGUUUGUAAACAUGACAGAAGUUUCAGACGGGUAGCACAGAUAGUCAGAACACCGGAUUUUUAAUUAACGUAGUUGAAUCAACCAUAGACAUGGGAAUCAACAAGCACAACAUGAGAGUGGGCGGGGCUUGUUACGUAUAGUAAACGCUGGUAUUUUCUAGACGCCUUCUGUCCGCUCGCAGUGACGUAGCGGGCACGGCUCAGACCAGCACUCAACGUAAACUGGGUUAACGGUCUUCCUGUCCUCCCUACUGAAAACACCGGGAGCACCGCACCAGGGCUUAACCAGAACUGUAGUGACACCGUAUCGCUGCAAAACAUAUUCGUGACGAGACAUCUUGGAAGUAAAACAGAAGAGGGAGGUGGCUACUUGGUUGUCACAAGAGAAAAUUAUUCCACAAGACACAUCAACUGUCAUCUGUAAGGAAGGCAAACGGCUCAACUGCCUGGAUCGUAACACUUGAAAGAGUGGUGUUCUAAAGAGUGACGGGAGGCGAUAUGGUGAACUAUUAUAGUGUGCUGGGAGUGUCCAGGAAUGCCUCACAGGAUGACAUCAAGAAGGCGUACAGGAAAUUGGCCCUAAAAUGGCAUCCGGAUAAAAAUCCAGACAACAAGGAAGAGGCAGAGAGAAAAUUCAAAGAACUUGCUGAGGCCUAUGAAGUUCUUUCUGACAAAAGCAGACGAGCUGCAUUUGACAGAUAUGGAAAUGACAAUGUGAGACACUCAGGUUCUACCACUACAGACUUCUCAGACCUCCCAGAAUUCACCUUCACAUUUCGCAAUCCAGAUGAGGUGUUCAGAGAGUUUUUUGGUGGACAGGAUCCUUUUGCUAGCUUUUUUGAUGACUUUGCAUCGUUUGGAGUCCCACAUUCUCGGCUUGGUCCCAGUCGAUUUUUCUCUUUUCCCUCAUCUGGAGUUGAAUUUAGCUCCUUUUCCUCCUCUUUCGGUGGUAUCGGUGGGAUGGAGAGCAUGGGAGGAUCUAACUUCAGAUCUGUUUCUACCUCCACUCGCAUUGUAAAUGGAAAAACCACCACCACCAAGAAGAUAAAGGAAAAUGGGAAGGAGAGGAUAGAGAUUGAAGAGGAUGGGGUAUUAAAGAGUGUUCUUAUCAAUGGUGUGGAAGAUGAAAUGGCUCUCGCAGUGGAGCUCAGCAGAAGAGAAGGAGAGAAGUCCUCUAAGAAAUCCUCCAUCAUGAACGGAUCAGCCCGCCACUACGACCGCUCUGCAACUCCACAUCGCUCAUUUAGUGCAGCUUCCAGCUACAACCAUGUGGCUACAGGGGACAGUGAAGAUGAAGAAGAUGAUGAAGACCUUCAGAUGGCUUUGGCAUGCAGCCUGUCAGAAAUGGAGGCGAAGCAGAAAGCCAAUUCUACCAACUUCAUAUCAGGUGCUGGGGGUAGGGGCAGAACCAAAUGCGGUAAAAUUGGGGGCUGCACGGGAGAAGGGCUUGUAAAUGGACAAAAAGUUAAUUUGUCCAGUGGUUGCAAAAUAGCUGCAGGAGAGCAAGAUGAUGGAGGUCAAUUUAAACCUGGCACAAGAUCUGGAAAUAUUAUUGAAAAGAAGCAAAAAGAAACCAAAGAGCCAGCCACUGCUGCUACGGCACUUCCGAGUGAAGAAAAGGUCAAACCUGCAGCAAAAACAUCUGAAGGCUAUGUGAAAAAGAAAAUGUGUGGGUGUGUUAUGUCCUAGUGUGGUUUAAAUGCAUAUUUUGGAAGGUUUCCCAUGCUUUUACUUACCAUGGUGUCAGCUAACCACACUACAUUGUGAGUGCAAAAAUCCUUCAAGACUAAAGAUUUUGAUGUCAAAAAUAGCAGUUGAAAGAAACAAACUUUAAAGUCUUGCAGGUGUUUGCUUUCAGUGUGUAAUCUUGACUUCUGCACAUGAGGUCAAAUGAACCUCAGAAGUAAACUUGUUUGGAUUUGUAGCUGCAAAGGAUAUCAAAUGAUUGUUUCUGAAUGACUGUGCAUGUGCCAGUUUUAAUAUUUCCACAGAUGGGAAAGGGAAUGUCUGAGUAGGAUAAGAGCUGACAGAUCUAAUGGGUCGGAAGUUAGAUGAGAAACACUUCAAGUUUUGUAUUCUUAAUAGAAAUUGUUAGAAAUUGGAGAUAGUGUGUUUUUGGAUUUGAGCUACAAGAGAUUUGGUUUCAGUGAGAAGAUUUGAACUGGGAUUGUUCUUUAACAGCUUGGUGCUAAGGAAUAGGGUAAAAAAAUAUUUGAUUCUUUUUAAGGAACAAGCAAAAAGCCUUAUAACAAUGAAAUAUGUAAGACUGGCUCUCUUUCUGUAUGUUUGAGUUUGUGGGUUAACUGCAAUUCUGCCACAGAAUGUUCUUGUUCAGACUCUGUGCCAAAGACUGAGUAAUUGAAAUGUGCCAAACCAAUGUCAGUCUGAAACAACAAACUGAAAUCAAAACGCAUAACACAGGACGCUCUGUGGCAGUUUUUGUCUAUUUGAUUAAAUAAGUCUUCUGUAAUUUACUGAGAAUCAUUGAUUAAAAAUUAAAUUAUUUGAAGCACAAAGUUUGAACUUAGACAUGUUCAAAAUGCACACAAUUUUCUUAACAAUCUACCUUAAAGAACAGUGUAAUUAAAUAUGUACAGUGCCUUGGGAAAGUACCUCUUGGAUAAUUCCAGCUUAAACAUUUUCUACAGCCAAUGUAGGCAAAAGGCGUGCCAAAUGAAACUUUUUGAUCUAGAUGUUAAGCACCUUAAAUAAUGCCCAACCUAACACAGAAAAUCACCUUCAAGACACCAUCCCCAUUGUAAGACAUGGUGGUGGCAGCAUCAUUAUGUGGGUAUGUUCUUCUCUAGGGAGAGUGAAGAUGGUCGGAGUUGACUGGAAGGUGAAUAGAAGUACAGAGAAACGUUGUGAAGAGUCUGCAGAAGAGUGGGAGAUGUGGUGGAGGUUCACCUUUCAGUGGCACUGAACAGACAACAAUAGCUAGAGUAGAAUGGUUUACAUCAAAGUGUCUUUAUCUGUUAGAAAGGCCUACUCAAAUACUAUAAAAUGGAUGCUAACUGAUCGAAUCUAUCCAAUAUAACUAAGCUUGAUCUGUUUUAUUUUUUAGUUAAAAAUGCCUUUAGAUAUGUAAAGAUGUGCAAAGACAUACUCUAAUGGAUCAGGAGAGCUGAUGUUAUUAAGGUGCAGCUUCAGAAUACUAUCAGAGCUACACUUACCUUGUAUUGGAUUGUUGUGACUUCAGGGAGGUAGUUGGUCCUUCAACUGGAGGUCACUGGUUCAAUUCCCAACUUUCUCAGUUUUCAUUCAGUGACCUUGGACACGAGACUAAAAUCCCACGUUGCUUCACAAUGUGUUGGCUACUGGUAAGCUGCUUUAGAUAAAAGCAUCCUCUUAAAUGAUAAAGUGUAACUUUGUCAUUGCUAUUAUUUCUUUUUAAGACAUAACCAACAGAUGAAGACAACAGCAAAUCCAUUACUUUACUAAUUCACAAGAAUGUGAGGUUCUGCUCACUCACUAAUAGCUGCCCUUUAUAUUUGUAUGCACUUUUUACUCUCACCAUUGCACUGUAAUGGCACAUUACUUAAACCACAGUAAUAAUUCUUUAUGUGCACAUCAAAGUGUAAAAUUUAAUAGGGACACAGAGCUUAUGUGCGUGUUAGUGUGGGCUAUUGCUAUGAUUGGUGCUGUCUGAUUUGAAAAAAACCUUGUUUUAGACGUUGAAUGAGGUAAAAGUCAUGUUUAAUGGUACAGUAAUAACUGUGAAAAGGAUUGUUGUUUUUGUGAAGAUUGCAUCUUAAGUUAAGAACAGUCUUGUUGGUGCCAAAUUCCAAAACAUUAAAAGUAAGUUACCAGCAGUGUCUAGUGUUAAAGGUACAUUUCAGGCAGCAUCUGUCUGACUUGUUUUUCUGGCUCCUCAUACACGUUAAUGUUCUGGCACGCACAUUUCAUCAGUGCUUUAACUGUUUUAUGUUGUGACUGUUUUGGAUAAAAUUAUUACCAUCACUGGCAGAGGGAAAAGAAAUAAAGGAUUUAUUUUGAAAGAAUAAAAGAUCAUUCCUCCUCUUAAUAGUUAGUAUGAAGAACAACACACUUAACAAUAAAGAGGAGGAAUGGUAGAAUGUUGUAUUAAUUGCCUUGCAAUAUUGUUCUAGUUUGCACUACAAUGUUUGUUUUUUUAAACAUUGCUUAAUGGAUAAUGACAAAUAAAAAUUGAGCCUAAA